CGCCCUUCCGCACAGUGGACACGCGAUCGACAAAAGACGCCGCAUACCAAAAGAAAGCUCAAGAAGGACGGAUGAGCUUGAAGAGAUGGACGAACUUGAUACACUAGCAAGCCACCAACUUCGGCAACAAGCAGGAUUUGCCAUGAAGCUCUUCCAGCGCCUGGUCGACCACGACUACAACCUUCGACUCAACGUAACCGCUUCAGAUCUCCGCACCCAAAACAUGCUUUCGAAGGGCGACCUCUUCACUGAGUUGCACUCUACCUUGUUACCUCUACUACGAAGUCACAUCUCUAGUCUUUCAGUUGCUCUUCGGAACUCAGCCAGCCUGCGUAUCAACCAAGCCCCUACACUCAAGUGCAUCAUAGAGAUCCAAAUGAAACUUGAGCUGACUUUGGAUCAAACAAUCUAUAUCCUCAAUGAUAUCCUUCCCGGACAACUACUUGCACCGAGCCAAACAAAUGACCAGCACUUCAAACAGUUCAAGUUUUAUAGACUUCGCCGCUUAGAAAGCUCGAUCAAGCAAAGGAUGAGAGGUAAACUUGCUCUGUUUUUUUCGAAUUGCCGUCGGCUCAUAGAAGAAACCACGACACCAGGUCGAAGCCGAACUCUCGCAACAUUUUCACCUGCUAAGGCCCUCCAGUCAAUCGACUUAGCUAUCAGAUGGUCAUCAUCUGAAUUAAAUCUCAUCCAUUUUAUCUGGAUAGACGAACUGUCAAAAAUCAAUACCCUAUGCGUCAGACUGUCAGCUGUGGCCGAUCCGGAUCAACAAUUCUAUAACAAUAAACUCUACCAAUCUUUCAAACCAGUGAUCAAGCUAUCCCGAUUGUUUUUCAGGAAGAUUACGACCGCGGGAAUGACCAAUAAACAGGCACCUUUUUAUACAGAAAUGUCUUCUUAUCAGCUUAACUUAUUAGAAGAAACCGCUGGGAAGAUCACAGACACACUUACUGAUUUUGUGCGCUCAUUUGAACAAGACAACCAAAGGCGUCCAGAGUCGGCUAGAGUAAUAAUCCCAAGACUCAAGAACCUCACAACUCUUUUUCAGUCUUGUUUAUUCCUCACAGACCUUUAUAUCGUCCCUGUUUUUGCAGAUGUUCCGUCUCAAGCUUACUUAAAAACUUGGGUUGUUACUUGGAACACUUUAUUCUACCAAGCUACUCAUAACGCCACCAAAGCUUGUGAAUCAUUUUAGCCAGCAUAAGCAACAUUGUUUUUUGGUCAAUCUUUGUGAUCUGAAUAUGUUAUAGCUAAUCUCUUUUCUGAUGGAUAAAAUGGACCCUGCCAGAACCAUUGUCCAAUGUUAAUCCUAGGGAGCCUUUAUUUACCAUCAGGCUCCAUACCUUGGAUGACAUCAUAGGCAUGACUGGGUUGGUCACUGCAUGGAAAUAACCUGCUGGACAGUUGCUUUAUCAAAAUGGCUAAAUUUUUCUGUAACAUAUCUGCUGGUC